AGUUUGUUUGGCUGCCAACGAUUCCGUUACUCAAAAUGGCGGCGCUCAUCGUUCCCGUAACCGCGCCACUCCGCCGCCAGUUUCACGUUUCCGCCGCUCUAUCAACGCCGCCUCGUAGCAACUCGCCGGCGGUGGACUGGGUGAAGGAGACCGCGAGCUUCUUCGAGCAGGAUUCCCGACCAAUCAUGCUCUUCGACGGUGUCUGCAAUCUGUGUAAUGGAGGUGUGAAGAUUGUUCGAGAUAAUGACAGGAGAAGAAAUAUUAGAUUUGAGGCUCUGCAAAGUGAAUCAGGCAAAAAGUUAUUGCAGAGAUCGGGAAGAGCUCCUGAUGAUAUUUCAAGUGUUGUUCUUGUUGAAAAAGACAGGUCUUAUAUAAAAUCGGAAGCUGUAUUAAAGAUAAUGGAAUACAUUGAUUUGCCCUUUCCUCAGCUGGCCCUGUUUCUCCAAUUUGUACCAUUAUUCGUGCGGGAUUUCAUCAGGCAACCCAAUCCCGGCAUCAAUGCGCGAGCUGUUUCAUGAACCUUGUUGGUUGAUUUGAACCUGCCGAUUUUAUGUACACAUCGUCCACAUUGAUGUUAGUGCAAUGUACCGUCUUGCUGCAGUUGAAGAUAAACAAUGGAUGAUCAGUACACGACAUAUGCACACAUCUCUCGUGAUUUCAGUCUAGACAUUCGUUACUUACUUUUUCAGCGCAUAUCUUGUGAGGGCAGUAAUUCUGGUCGAUGAAAACGGGGUUUUUAGCCUCUAUGAAGAUUAUGUCGGAGAAAUUGAUGUUCCUGGCAAUGACUUAUUUAUAGAAAAAUCUCUGUUAUAAUUAUGUGAUCUUAUCCUAAUAUAAUUAAUUUUCUUGGCCUUUCUCAUCAUUAGGUAGUGUGACUCUCACACUAAAUAUUUGGUUUUGUAAUUAUAGACUUUACCAAUAUAUCGUUUGUUGGUAAUCCACAAUUCAAGGACUUCGUCGAUUCCACCUGGUAAAA